AUGAGUGGAGGCAAGCCCCGUGGUCUCAACGCUGCGCGCAAGCUGCGCAUGAACAGGAAGGACCAGAAAUGGGCCGACCUGCACUGGAAGCGUGGUGCCCUCGGCACUGCCUUCAAGUCCUCGCCUUUCGGUGGCUCUUCGCACGCUAAGGGUAUCGUCCUCGAGAAGGUCGGUGUCGAGGCCAAACAGCCCAACUCCGCCAUUCGCAAGUGCGUCCGUGUCCAGCUUAUCAAGAACGGCAAGAAGGUCACUGCUUUCGUCCCCAACGACGGUUGCCUGAACUUCGUGGACGAGAACGACGAGGUCCUCCUGGCUGGUUUUGGUCGCAAGGGCAAGGCCAAGGGCGAUAUCCCCGGUGUGCGAUUCAAGGUCGUCAAGGUCUCUGGUGUCGGUCUGGCCGCUCUGUGGAAGGAGAAGAAAGAGAAGCCCCGUACCUAA